CUCUCACCCAAUGAAGUGGACUGGUGCUUAUCUUCAGAGCGUGUUUCGUGAAUAGCACGUAUUUUGUCUUAGCAAUAUCUAAGAGUGUCCCGUGUUUAAUUGACCAAUCGUCGGCUUCACGUAGUUGGCUUUCCAAUAGGGAUCUAGCUUCCUUCGGUGUACUGGCUGCUGCCAUAAAUAGUACAUCGUCUGCAUAGCCCACAUUGAUAACCUCUCGGAUGGCUUCAGUAACGAGGUAUUAUCUAUCAAAUACAAUGGUCCGCUUAUUGGGACCCUCUUACGGUGCAUUUGCUAAGUGGGAAAGUCGAGGAAGCAUAGUUGGAGAAUUUGAAGCGUUUUUCCUGUCCUUCAAAAACCAUCCUAUCCAUCUCGUGAGGUACUUUCGUAGUCCGACCUUCCUGCAUUCCUCAUGGAGCUUCUCAUGUAUGACAUUAUUGAAAGCUCCUUCUUUGCGUCUAGGGCAAGCUCCGUUACUACCUUCAUUUCCUUCCAAGCAUUUUGAAUCAAUUCAGCGACAUUUAGUAGAGUAUCAUCUGUAUCUUAGCCUUUACUACACCCAAAGUGCGUACUCGGGAUUAACUUUCUCGUGUCUAAUUCAUAUUGCAGUCUCUUUGUCAUGACGGUUUCAAUUAACUUCGAAAGAUGGUUAAGUAGUGAGAUGGGGCGAUAGCUGCUCGCUUCUCUGUAUGACUUCUUAUGUGAC